AUGAGACGACUUGAAGGAAAGACUGUAUUUAUCACCGGCGCCUCUGCUGGUAUUGGUGAAGCGACUGCACGUCAAUUUGCUGAUGAGGGUUGUAAUUUGGUAUUGACAGCCAGAAGACUCGAGAAGCUUGAAAAGAUCAAAGAAGAAAUAAAGGCUGCUCAUCCCAACAUUUAUAUUCACACUGUUCAAUUGGACGUUCGUGACAAGAAGCAGAUUGACCAAGUUGUUGCCGAACUACCGGAACCUGUCAAGGAUGUCGAUGUGUUGCUGAACAAUGCUGGUAUGGUCAUUGGUCUUGAUCCUUUAGUAGAUAUUGAAGAAGAAGUGUUUGAUCAAAUGAUACAGACCAACAUCAAAGGUUUGGUCUUUUUGACAAAGGCUAUUGUGCCUAGCAUGAAGAAGCGGGGAACUGGCCACGUGAUCAAUCUUGGCUCCAUUGCAGGAAAGCAGGCUUAUUAUGGUGGCAGUAUCUACUGCGCUACAAAGUUUGCAGUUGAUGCGAUCACUAAGGCUUUGGCCAUUGAGCUUGUGGAUACACCAAUUCGUGUCAGUCAAAUCUGUCCUGGUAUGGUCAACACUGAAUUCUCUACUGUUCGUUUCCGCGGAGACAAGGAUAAGGCCGAUAAUGUUUACAAGGGACUCCAACCACUUGUUGCUGAAGAUAUUGCUGAGUUGAUUGUUUUCACUGCUAAUAGACCUCCUCAUGUUAACAUUCAAGAUAUGCUUGUGUUUCCUGUCAAUCAAGCCGAUUCAAAGACUGUUUAUCGCCGCCCGGAAUAA